AUGCGCCGUACCGCCUGCACAGGCACUACUGGCACAGGAGAAUGCGCUCUUGACGGCGACGCAGCGGAAUAUUACUGCAUCAAAGCUGCGGCCUGGCCACUUUCACAUGCCUGCGAUCCGGGCGAUCAGUGGCUGGCAGCUCCGAACUCACGGACACGAGCCAGCUGGGCCCUGAGGUGGAGAGCCCAGCAGAGUUUGAGAAACGACAAGGAAGAUACAGAUGAAGUCAACGGUGCGCGCAAUCCUUGGUUCGGGAGAGUUAGUGCUGCUUCGGAAAGCUGGGAACGCAAGAGGGCGCCAUCCCUCAACAUGGGUGAACCCAUCGUUAAUGGCGAGAAGCCAUCCUCCCAAUUCCUUCAUCACCUUUCUACCUUGCCUGUAGUUUCCGCCUCCCUCACCUACAUCAAGAACCACCCCUACGGCCAAAAAUCCCUUCAGCUCGCCGAUCAAGGGUACGCCAACUAUGCAAAGCCUGUCCUCCCUUUCUUCUCCAAGCCUUACAACUAUGUCGCCCCUUACGUCGCCAAAGCCGACUCCCUAAGCAAUGAGGGCCUCAAGCGAGUCGAAGACCGAUUCCCCAUCGUGAAGAAGGACACGGAGACGAUCAAGGGUGCUCUCAAGGGCUACAUCCAUAUGCCAUUCCGUGUGGUCGAAGAGGGCAAGAAACAUGUCCUUCAGGUUUAUUCGGCGGAGUACAAGAAUUGCGGCGGCGGCGAGGGCUACGUAGCUGCCGGCAAGGCAGUUAUCACCACCGGCCUGACUAUCACGUCUGAAUCGCUGGAGUGGCUGCGAGCGUGCAUCACGCGCGCUGAGCAGAAGGGGAGGGAAGGUGUCGAGGCUGUUUCGGAGAAGAAAGUCUCGAAGAAGUGACUGAGGAGAAUGGAACCCAUCAAGGACUUGUCCCUUUCCGCCUGCCGCCUGCCGCCAGCUGUCACAUCUUAAUGAACCUGGAUGGCGAGGCGGGGGAAGCGGGGGGGUUGACUAACGAAAGAGGAAAAGAAAAAAGAAAAAGAAAAGAAAUUUCUGCUUCCUUCUAGAUUGAGAAAAAAAAAUGUCUGUGUUACUGCUCGUGCUACUUGCUACUUGCCGUAUUGGAUAGGUCAGUUUCUUUCUGUCAUAUGCAGGGUUUCUGGGACGUUUUUAUUUCUGUUUAGGGUGACUUCUAUAUAUAUUUUAUAUGCCCUCGACUCUAUUCUUUCACUCAUGCUGAUGUUCCCAAUUUUGGUCAGUUUAAGGCGCACUACUGUUGAUUGUCAAUUUGUCGAUCUGUUUGAAAAUUUCUCCCUUCUCAUACAUUGUUCACGUCUGCUUGCUUCUUUCCUAGUUGUACCAUAAAAAAUGUGUCCUUGUUUGGAGAAUGCCGUCGCAUUUAUCUCGGCUUAAUAUAUUGUUGACAUACUCUCUUAGUUUAUUUCAUGUUAUCAAAUCUAACUUUCUGGGUAUCGAAUGGUAUUUUUUUUGUCUCUUUC